AUGAGUCUUUCAUCAUUAGCAAACGAUCCUGAAUUACAAAAAUUUGUUGCUGCAAAAGAACUUGAAAAUCAAUUAACAACUCAAGUUCAUCAUUUAACAAAUAUUUGUUUUGAUAAAUGUGUUGAAUCAAGUGGUAGUCUAAGUGAUUUAUCAGCAAAACAAACGACAUGUUUACAAAAUUGUGUUGAACGUUUUCUUGAUUGUACAAUGUUAAUUACCAAUCGAACGGUUCAACGUAUUCAACAAGGACGUUAG